CAUAACACAAAAGAUGGACGCCGCCGUGUUUAUUUUGUCACUGAUCGACUGUUGUGCACUGAUUUUCCUCGCUGUCUAUUUUAUUAUUACCUUGUCGGAUUUAGAAUGUGACUACAUCAACGCCAGAGCAUGUUGCUCCAAACUCAAUAAAUGGGUAAUACCAGAGAUGGUUGGCCAGUGUCUGUCCACUGUGCUGAUGCUGGUCUCUACACACUGGUUCAUCUUCUUCCUCAACCUUCCCGUAGCAGCCUGGGACAUUUAUAGAUACGUGAAGGUCCCGAUGGGCAACAUGGGCGUCUUUGACCCCACUGAGAUCCACAACCGGGGGCAGCUCAAAUCACACAUGAAGGAGGCCAUGAUCAAACUGGGAUACCACCUGCUUUGCUUCUUCAUUUAUUUGUACAGCAUGAUUCUGGCUCUGAUCAACGACUGAGGCCGCAUGCUUGCAGCGGGACCUCCGCCGUCCUUCCUCACGCUCCUGGAUUUAACCUUUCCCUCCUCCCAUCAUGUGCUGGAUGCCUCAAAUCGUUCCAAACUGCUCUCCUGACAAGUUGAAUCGUGUGCCAAAGGCAUACUCUUUCGAAAAAAAUGCGUAGCAUCUGAUACAAAGGUAUCAGAGCCCCCCCCCCGCCUCCCAUAAAAAAAGUUCAAAUUACUUCAGAUCAAUUGUAAUGAAAUUGUGCAAGGGAAAGCAACAAACUGUGUGAAUAAAAUAACUUGACAAGAUCCUUAACUGUACCUAUCCUGAUGCAGGUGUACAGUGGAUUCUUCAAAUAUUUUGACUUUGUUCUGUUAGAAAGUCAUAUUAAAGCUAGGGGUGUUCUUUUGCACUGAAUCUGUAAUGAGCACCCUACAGUCACUGUUUUACAAAAAAGAAAAAGGUGAGUGCAGAUAAGUUAAGUGUGCACAAGUUGAACAUUGUCUAUUCACUCACACUUUGAAAUCCCCGGCUCAUAUUUGAACAUGAUGCUCAUCAGACAUCCAGUCUGGUUUCAUUGUGUUAAAUAAACACACGUUGUUCUGCCUGAACAAUGACUUUGUGUUCACGCUAAAUCAAACAUUCCUCCAUUUAAAGGUUUCCGCCAUCUUGUGCGUUUUUUGGUUCUCAUUAGGAUGCUGCAUUUGUGCAGUCACCUCUAUUUUGAAAGACUGCAGUAUGUUUUGAAAUGACUCCAAUGAGAGGCACGUGUUCACUUCUGUCCUCAGUAUAUUAACUGACAAGACUGCUGGUGAGCUUAAUGCCUACUUCUCACUUGUCUGAAGCAGUGUUAUUUUUUUCUUGAUCAUUUGAGUUUCAUAAAUAAAACAGAGUACAGACAAUGUGUCUUCUUAUGUA